AUGGGAGCGCAGAGCGGCAAGUAUGAGAUGGCGGAGUCGGUUUUUAAAGGAAAAGAGGGUGAUUUGAGAACCUGCAGCGAUGCCAUUUGCAGUUUUGUUAUCUGCAAUGACUCCUCCCUUCCCCGACAACCGAUCAUUUUCAACCCAGACUUCUUUGUGGAGAAACUGCGGCAUGAGAAACCUGAAGUGUUCACAGAGCUCGUGGUCAGUAACAUCACCCGGCUGAUUGACCUUCCUGGAGCAGAGCUGGCUCAGUUGAUGGGAGAGGAGGAUCCCCAGCUGCCUGGUGGGACUGGUGUCGCCUCGGGUUUUUUCCGUUCCCUGAUGUCUCUGAAACGCAAAGAGAAAGGGUUGGUGUUUGGAGCUCCUUUGACAGAAGAAGGCAUUGCACAAAUAUCUCAAUUGAUUGAGUAUCUACAUAAGAAUCUGCGGGUGGAAGGCUUGUUCCGAGUGCCAGGAAACAGCACCAGGCAGCAGAUCCUGAAAGAAGCCCUGAACAGCGGGGCAGAGAUUGAUUUGGAUUCUGGGGAGUUUCACUCCAACGAUGUGGCCACUCUGCUGAAGAUGUUUCUGGGAGAACUACCAGAGCCCCUGCUCACCCAUAAGCAUUUCCAUGCACACCUCAAAAUUUCAGACCUGAUGCAGUUUGAUGACAAGGGCAACAAAACCAGCAUCCCAGAUAAAGAACGUCAAAUUGAAGCCCUGCAGCUGCUCUUCCUAAUCCUACCGCCUCCAAAUCGCAGCUUGCUGAAGCUGCUCCUGGACCUCCUUUACCAGACUGCAAAGAAACAGGACAAGAACAAAAUGUCAGCUCACAACCUGGCUCUGAUGUUUGCACCCCACAUUCUGUGGCCUCGAAAUGUCACCACCAGUGACCUUCAGGAGAAUAUCACUAAGCUGAACAAUGGGAUGACUUUCAUGAUUAAGCACUCACAGAAAAUUUUCAAAGCUCCAUCAUACAUUCGGGAGUAUGCCAGGCGAUAUUAUUUGGGCUCUAGAACACAUGCCUCCAAGGAUGACAUGGACUUGCCCAUGCCCCAUAGUUUUAGAGACUUCCAGUUCUUGAAGUUCAAGAAACGAGGGCUGUUGGAUCCCUCUGCCCACCAGGAUGAGAUACAUCAGCACACAGAGGAGGCAUUGAAAGAGCUGUUCCGCCAUGUUCAUAAUAUGCCAGAUUCUGCCAAGAAAAAGAAACUAAUUCAACAGUUUCACAAGCACUCUGAAGCUCUCACUCCUGGAUCAGGUACACCCACAACUCAGAAGAGAACACGUACCCGUUCUUUCAGUGGCCUCAUCAAGCGGAAGGUGCUGGGAAGUCAAGUGUCCUUUGACAAAAAAGAGAAAGAUACUGUUUUGGAACCUGCAGGCACUGAGGAUCCAAAGCGUGGCAGUAAGGAGAAUAUCAACAUGUUACAGAAAUCUGGUUCCUCUCCAGCCAUCAAUGUGAUUCGAGCAAGACUCAAGUCCUUUGAGCACAGGAAACAGGCCUCCUGUAAACGUACUCGGUCUCAUGGGUGUUCAGCUGAGGAGACUUCCAUUUGAGCAUCCAUUUGAUGACUUCUAUAUCAGCAAAGACUUGCAAACCUGUGUAUAAUGCUGUUCCCCCAAGCUGUGAGCAAAUGUCUGUGCCAGAGCUUCCUGAUCCCUUUAAUUCCACUUACUGGAGCCUGGCACACUACUGAGUAUCUGCUAGAAGAAGACUUUAUUCCAUUGACCAUGGAGGAUAAAGCUACUAUGUGUCUGAAAUGCAACUGGGCGUGUCAAGUUAUGCAUCCUAGGUGGUCUUACGGCUUGUUAUCUCUAUCACCGCUUUGGGAUUGAGCCAGACUGGCUUGUGUCUUCCUAUUUCUCAGUGGCUUGUUGGUUUUUAAUGUUUUAAUAUUUUUAAUGUUUGCUGUUUAUUCCUCCGUGUUUGCUGUUUAUUUCUCAAUCAUAUUAACAUCUACAAUGGAGUCAGGUUUUCAUCCUUUCCUGGCAGCUAUAAUUAUUUCUUAGAAUGGAGGUCUCUCUAUUGUGGCUAUUGAUGGAGAAGCAACUGUUUUCUUCACCAUCCUCAUAAGUUUCUUAGGUUGCCCUUGGACUUGACCAGGUUGCAACAGUCCCAGAACAUACCUGUGUGUGUGUAUUGCUUAACUGCUCUCAUUUGGACAUUUUGUGCCACAGCAAGGUGUUAGUGGGAAAGAGCUUCUACAAGCCUUCUUAGUUUUAUUCUAGCAUGUAAUGUUCUAUUCUAGCAUCAACAAAGUUAUUACAUCUUUUAACGAAUUCUUUCCCUGCUCAAAAUGCUUCUGUCACAUCCAGAUGCUUCCACCGUGUGCCCUUGCUCCUCCCUGAUUACCAGAGGCUCAAAGUUAUCUGAAGAGCUACCUGAUGUAGUCUCUCUUGUGGCUUCCUUAUGGUCACCCUCAUAUUGGCUGUGGCCCAGGCUCUGACACACUUUCCUCAGGUAGGCCAAGGAGCUGAGGGUUUAAUAGCUUUGAUAAUGGAAGAGCACUGAAAAAGAAGAGCUUGUUAAGGUGGAAGGAAAUCCUUUCCUUUUGGGUAGGAGGAGAAGCUGCUUAAAAGAAAACCGUUUCCUUUUUCCCUGUCACCAGAAGAAGAGGGCAGGUGGGAAGGUUUUGCAGUAUUGUAGCUGUUUGAAUGGAAAGUUGGCUGCAGUUGCACUAACAGAUGUGAAUUUGCUAAGUUUUCCCAUGUUUUGAAGAAAGCAAGGGUUUAUGGAGGUGAACAUCUGGCAACCCUAAAAUGACAGCGUGCAGUCUUCAGUAGUGUAAAGUAAUGUGAAUGGCAAAGACAGUGGAAAUGACUUGGUGUGGCUUGACACCAUAUUUCUCUUUCUCUGAUAGCUUCCACUUGUUGAAAUUGCAAAGGGAAUUGAAACAAGGCUUACUAUGCUCUUGAAGACAGCAAAUACACUCUUGUUUGUGGAAUCUAUGUACAUGUGUAUAUUAACGGGCAGACUUCAAAGAAUGGAUUGGAAACAUUUCAAAUAGUUUCUUGCAUGUACAGGCAGGGAAUAUAACAUUACUGAUCCUCAAAACACAGCCAGAGAAAAACAGUAGGGAACUUAUAAUGCAGUGGAAAAUAGGAAUGACUAAGGAGAUGGUGACAAAAGAGUGGUGUGGUGCUGCAAUUGUUGUGGAUGAAAGUGGUUUAAGCCAAAAACAGUCAUCUCCUAGGCAUGCUGUGUCUGUAUGGUGAAGGAGAUGAACACUGACAAGAAUCUAAUAGUGAAAAACCGUUUUGUACAGAUCCAAUCAACAUACCUGAUGCUUUCCCAAAUGAAACAAGAGCUAGCCUUUUCUGAUAUGUUGGAGAGAAGAUGCACUGAUUAUGUUGGGGAAGAGGCACUUUUACAAGAAAAGCCUUUGACACCCCAAGUUCUCUCCAAGAGGGAGAGUCAGAUGCAAAGCACAUAGGCUUUCUGCUUAAAAGAGUAAACUGGCUACAGAAAUCUCCUGGGGAAAAUUGUGUAUGUCCCUUUCUCCCUCAUACAAGACAGAAUGAUUGUCUGACCUGGAAAUAACAAUUUCUGUUCUCAAAUUGAGAGGAUCUCUAGAGAUCUCUAGGAUCUCUAGAGAUGGCUGCCUAUAUUCCCACAAUCCUUGAUCCAUCAAAAACUGUUCCAUGGAUUUUGCAUACAACAAGGAAGUUUUUAUAAAGCCACCGUAUCUGUUGAAGAGGUCAUUCAGAUUUUAGCAUCACUAGGCAUGAAAGCUACUCCAGCAUUUUAGGCACAUUACAUCUAUUGCAGCUCCUGAACAUGGAGCAGCAGCCCUGAGCUUUACUGGUCUGUUUGUUUUAUUCUUGUUGUCUGUGACUUUUUUUUUUGUACAAUGUGUGUAAUGUGUUCAUUUUCUUGGUAUACUGCCCUCUUGGUUAAUGUGAAACUCCUACAUUAAAUACUAUUUGAUAUUUGUA